AAGCUUGUCGAAACUUUAAGUAUUACUAGAGUAUUAAAGAUUUAUCAAUAAUUUUCAUAUAAGGCAACUUUACGUUAAUGAUGCCGAUAAAAAUAUAGUUAUUUAGAGCACAAAAAUGAUUGAAGGAUAGUGGUAUCAUGAUUAAAUUAUUUAGUAGCUGCAAUCGGUUCAAUGGCUCAAUUACAUUGAUUAAUUCUUAUCUUAGAAUGUUAUCAUAAAAUGUUUGAACAAAUACAUCUUCUCCUCAUUGCUAACUGGAAUCUUAUCCUUAUGAAAUUUAUAUCUUCUUGAACUAAAAGAACUAGCUCCUAUCCCAGUAGCAAAACACGAUGACCUGACCGCUGCGUAUGCCUGCACCUGAUGCGCUCAGGUCAAACCCCGAGAGUGGCAGACGCGUACAGGUGCUCAGCCUUGGCGCUGCUCGCAGCCGCUGGAAGAAACAAACCUGCUGUGCUGCAUCACGAGCAGUGUUGUGCGACGCUCUAGCGCGCCUGGUGGUUGUAACCUUGCACUUCAACAUCAAUAUCUCUGUGGUGUCACACAUGCACAGUGCUAGGGCAUCUACCUAACGAAUAAUUACAAGUUUCAGUAAGCUGUUUGUGCCUUGAAAAGCAUUAAGCAUCGUCAUGAGUGCGAAGAACUAUUUAAGUUGGCCAGAUUAUGGAGUCAUUAUUGGGUACUUCGUUUUUGUACUUGCCGUUGGAUUGGUGUCGUCAAGGAAGAGCAAAGGUGACGUCAGCAGUUUCUUCAUGGCAUCUCGAAAUAUGCACUGGAUACCAGUCGGGGCGUCGCUGUUUGCGAGCAACGUCGGUUCCGGUCACUUCAUUGGCCUAGCAGGCACUGGUGCCGCCUCCGGCAUCGGCAUCGCAGCCUUCGAAAUAAAUGCAACAUUUGUACUACUGCUCCUUGGAUGGCUCUUCGUGCCAGUGUACAUGAGCUCCGGCGUGUACACAAUGCCGGAGUACCUGAGGGAGCGCUUCGGCGGACAGAGGAUCAGAAUAUAUUUAUCAGUUCUCGCUCUCCUCCUCUACGUCUUCACUAAAAUAUCGGCAGAUCUGUUCGCUGGCGCUCUUUUCAUCCAAGAGGCGAUCGGGCAGUCGUCGCCUGAGUGGCUCUACUUCAGCGUGCUAAUCCUGCUCGCCAUCGCCGCCAUCUUCACGAUGGCGGGCGGUCUGACGGCCGUCAUGUGGACGGACUUCGUGCAGACAAUCCUUAUGGUUCUCGGUGCGCUCGUCCUCACCGGCAUCGCAUUCAGCAGAGUGGGCGGCUACGAGCAAUUAGUGUACAAGUAUCCGCUAGCGCUCCCUUCCAAACUUGCUUUCGAUACCAACAACAAAACGUGCAACGCGCCUCCACCAUACGCAUUCAACCUAAUGCGCCCCAUCGUGGGUUCCGAUCUACCGUGGACGGGAAUCGUGUUUGGUCUCACGAUCCUCGCCAUCUGGUGCUGGUGCACAGACCAGGUGAUCGUUCAGCGAACACUGGCCAGUCGCAACAUCAUCCACGCGAAGGCAGGUUGCAUCCUCGGCGGCUGGCUGAAGUUCCUGCCGCUGUGGCUGCUGGUGUUCCCGGGGAUGAUAGCGCGGGUGCUUUUCCCUGAAGAAGUUGGAUGCGUCGACCCUGAGACCUGCAAGAAAUUUUGCGGAUCAGCUGCUGGCUGUACGAAUAAAGCAUACGUCAAGCUUGUGCUCGAACUCUUGCCUGACGGUUUGAGAGGACUGAUGCUGGCUGUGAUGAUGGCGGCCCUCAUGUCCUCCCUGACUUCCAUUUUCAACUCAUCGUCCACGAUCUUCACGAUGGACAUCUGGGCGUGCGUGAGAAGGAACGCAUGGAAGAAAAGAAGCCCGAGACUUGUUGAGAUCGAACAACUGAUCGUGGGCAGGAUAUCAGUCCUGGUGCUCGUGAUCAUCUCCGUAGUGUGGAUACCGGUUAUUCAAAACUCGACGAGCUCUCAGCUCUUUGUGUACAUCCAGAGCAUAACCUCCUUCCUGGCGCCUCCGCUCACCGCAGUCUACAUCCUCGCCGUUUUCUGGACUCGUACUAACGAGCCGGGUGCCUUCUGGGGCCUCAUGAUCGGCCUGGUCGUCGGUCUGCUGAGAUUUGUGCUGGAGUUUGCCUACGUCAUCCCUCCCUGUGGCUCAGCUGAACCCGAUCCUCGUCCCGAGAUCAUCAAGAGGCUGGUGGGCGACGUGCACUUCCUACACUUCAGCAUCUUGCUGUGCGUCUUCACCGCCAUCGUCACCGUGUCGGUCUCGCUCCUCACGCAGCCUAUACCGGAUAAAUGCCUUCACCGUCUGACGUACUGGACGCGAUUCAGCGACGUGCCCCGCGUGACGACCCGGGAGUGGCGGGACGAAGAGCGACUGAACGCGUCCCACGAACCUGCGGUCAGCUACACCUGCAGUAGCGGCGAGGCGGUCAAGAUCAACGCCAAGUGCGCUGAGAACCUGCAGGGUCAGGCGCUUCCUGAGGACACACCGCGUUGGCUGCAAGUGUUGGGCAGACUCUGCGGUGCAGGCGCCAAGGAGGCCGCAGAAAACGGUAACUUUCCGGCCACAGAAGCACCCGAAAAGGUCAAAAAUGCACAGCAACAGCAGAUAGAAGACGCGCUAAAGUCCAUUAGAGAAGAGCCAAGACAAAAAGAAUACGUGAACUUUGCCGCCGUGCUGUGCAUCGUGGGAGCAACUUUCCUAUGGGGUUUCUAUGCAUAAUUUCUGAAAAAUAUAGUUUUUUAAUGCCUACAACUGAAUUAAUUUCAAAUUUUAUUUUAUAUUUCUACUUCUGUGCAUAAGUCUUAUGUUAUUUAAAGCAUUGUGUAACAUCUACUUAAAAUAUCCAGAAUUUUAUGUUAGAAAAACUCACGUGAGUUUUUUCGUUGCCAGAUGCACUCAGGGUAUAAAAAGGUUUAAUUCUGUCACAAAUUUAUUUGUAUGGUAUUCGUAUUGGACCAGUAUUAUAUUCUUAGAUCGUUCAUGAGUACGCGACUCAAUUACAACUUAUACCUUAGAAAAGCGAUUUAUCAGCAAGAACGCAAGCAUUAAAAGUUUCAUAGCGGUUCAUUUGGUUCAUAGCAAUGCCCGAAACCAAAGUGAAAGUAGAUUAAGAUUUCUUAUACUAAUUUACACAGAUGAAACCAUAUUAAACAUUUUUGAAUAACAUAACAUUGUUUUAGUAUCGAAUGCAUCAUGUUCGUCACGAGCAAUUAUAUACUUAUGAUGGCGUUAAAAGCUUGCUACUUCAUCGAAGCAUACAUUCCAGUGCGAAAAUCUUGCUGAAGUUGACAGCCAUGAGCUACGUAAUUGGAUUUAGGCAUCAUGAAUCGACAAAAAAAUCUUCUUUUCAUGUUAUUGAAUAAGUAAAAUCACCCAAAUGAUUUAAUAUUGUGAUGGAACUCCAAAAAUUCCCAAAUUAAAAAUCGAGACUCUCUGUUAAGAUUGUAACUUUUGUCGACGGUCUGCUUCUCGAGUCUCCUGACGAUGACGGAAGAACGAUGCACGAUCCUUUUGCGAAUAAAUAAAAUUGUUGAACUUUAUAAACGAAGCAAGGUUGGAACUCGAGUUUAUGUUAAUGACAUAUUCUCAAGAUGUGUUUCAAAGUUACUGAUAAU